AUGUCAUCAAAGAAGGUCUUCAUCAUCGGCCCCGGCUUCAUCGGCUGGAACGUGCUCGAGCUCCUCGCCAAGGAGGGCUACGCCGUGACCGGAUACGUGCGGAGAAAGGAGCACGCGGAGCAGAUCAAGGCCUCGGGAGCCUCCAACGUCGUGCUCGGGGACCUGAACGACAAGACGUUGAUCACGCACCACGCCGCAGCACACGACAUCGUGAUCCACACCGCUACCGCCGACCACCUCCCCAGCGCCGAGGCCGUCCUGGACGCCAUCCAGCAGCGCGCGGAGCGGGGUCUCAGCACCAUCUACAUCCACACCUCGGGCACAUCCGUGCUCGACGACGGCAGCAAGGGCAGCACCAAGUCGUCCAGGGUAUACCACGACAACGUCAAGUCCGAGAUCGACUCGGUAGCGGACUCCGCCCCGCACCGCGAGAUCGACCUCGCGAUCCUCAAGGCGCAGAAGGCGCUGGGCGCCAGAGCCAAGAUCGCCAUCAUGAUCCCGCCGCUGAUCUACGGGUUCAACCCGGACCACGGCCGCCUGACGAUCCAGAUCCCGACGCUGACGCGCUGGGCGUUGAAGCACGGCUUCGCGGGCCACGUGGGUCAAGGGCUGGCGGUCGAGAGCAACAUCCACGUGCUCGACCUGGCGCGCGCGUACGUCGUGCUCCUGCACCACUUGGAAUCCGUCCCGGCCGACGACCCGCAGGUCCGGGACAACCCUUACUACUUCUGCGAGACCACGGGCGACGCGGAGCCGAGCUGGAAAGACGUCGCUUCCGUCAUCGGCGAGAGCCUCCACAAAGCCGGACUGAUCUCCGACGCGGCGCCGCGGACCAUUCCCCCAGAGACGUACGGCGAUCUUUUUGGAGCAGACUUCACGGCCGCCGUUAUCGGCCUCAAUAGCCGGAGUCGGGCGGUGCGGCUGCGGGAGCUGGGCUGGAGGCCGGUGGAGAAGAGCUGGAGGGACAGCUAUGUUGGGGAUGAGCUUCCGGUUAUCUUGAAGGAGGAGGGAGACCUUGAGGCGUUCAGCGGGUAUCAGGGCACGGUCGCGAGCUAG